UUCGCAGCCGCGUUAUAUAUAUAUACAUAUUUUACGCUUUAUUAUAUACGUUGCAUUGUACACGCAUGCACACACACAUACACACAUAUAUAUACGCACGCGCAUCAAGUGGUAUUUUUGUGAGGAAGAUAACGAGAAAAAGACUAUAAUUAGGACUACCAGAGUAACAGCUCUCCGUCUCCUUUCUUCUCUGCCUGGAGGUUGGUGGGAGAAUUGAAGGUCGACGGCCCCCUUCUCCAACGAAACGAGAAAGAAACUAUGUCGGCGGCGUGGAAAGGCAGCAGCUCGACGACGUUCAAGGGCCACUAUUACGUCGGCCCUAAGCUGGCGGAUCGUUCGUUCGGUUGAGCUAUUCCCUCGUCUACCAAACGACAAUCCGCCAACAUGCAGAAGAACUCCCUCACAGGCAUCAUGUCCGUCGUCAAGACGGUCAAGCAGAUGGUCAGCACACAGCCGGAAGCGGGUUCCACCGCUCCGGACGACAGCAGUGGGACCUUCAAUAAGAUCUGGCAGGUUGGCUCGGGUUUCAUGACAUCUGGCAGUAACAUGACGAAGAUUGGCCCGGCCAAGGUCACGCCCGUGGAGACGAUCCAGCCUAAGGAGAGCACGCCUCUGAUCGAACCGCCGAAAGCGAAGACGGAGCAGGACAAGCUGUCUGCCUGCAGGAUCUGUAUAAAGUCUAUCAAGCCCGAAGACUUCUCGCGCACGUGUUACGAGUGCCAACGUAAAGUCUGCGAGGACUGUGCCUCAUAUUCCACUCAAACCGACUCCAACGAUCCCCAGACAUGGCGUUGCAGCGUGUGUCGUCGGAAGUUGGCACCCCGCGAGCCAGCAUUGACGACAAAUGGCUCGCUGGAAGUGCCGAUGGAAGGUCUAGCAAGGCGUCACAGUGAUGUGAGAUUGAGCUCGCAGGGGACAGCUCCUGGUGCAGGUACACUUGGCGCUGGUCUUGUGCCACCCAGAAGUCCGGAUCUCAGGCGACAUUCCGAUGUAUCACCUGCAAGUCUCAAAGAUCUUGAAAAGUUUCGAAAGUUCGCAGGAGAGCAGCAACGUCGCGGCAGUAACGUCGCCACAGACGACUGGGACAACAAGCACAGAAGCAAAUCGAGAAAUGAUUCGCCUGAUAGACAUCCAGAACGUGGACCUAUUGACAGAGCACGUGGUUCUAGUCCCCAACGCUCGAGAAAACCUUCGGCAGUUCCGGACCAAGACAGCGGUGACAUAGACGAAGAAGAGGACAGGCGACAUCGCGAAAUGCGAGCCGCACAAAUGGGGGGCGGUAGCAUACGUCGCCCUUCGAGGGUCACGCGACAGCAUUCAUACGACGAUGAGAUAAAGACCGCAACAGCUGCAGCCGUGGCGGCAGCACCAGGACACUCCAGCCAUCCAGCCGCGGAGGUAGCAGCGCUAGGAUUACCCGUGAGACUGGCAAGACGCAAGUCUGACAUUGCCAUUUACUCGACUGGUGGACCGCCGGGACUCGCGGCCAUUGUUCCAUCUCAGCAUCGCGCUUCCGUAUCUGCUCAAGGUACCCGAGAAUCAGAUGUAGCACCAGUUUCUACGUCGCGACGUCCGUCGAUGCGAGUAUCGGCAGCGCCGUUGCUAGCCGAUGAGACAAGUGCUCCGGAUGUCAACCAAAUCAUUCCUCCCGAGGAUCUCAAGCUCAAGCGGCGCGGAUCUAUAUUGCCGAAAAUACCGACUACGGUGAGGCCAUCAGUAGUUCCUGGUCCAAUAACCCGGGUGCCAGUUGACGACCGCGAACUGCCUCGUCAGGGCAGCAUUGCCGAUGGUGAAGCUAUCAAGAUUGUCAUACACGAUGUUGACUGCGACAUGUUGCCAAAAACCAAGAGGAAAGUCAUACUGAGAAAGGACGUCGUUGUUGAAAAAGGUUACAGAACCAAGAGUUUCGGCAUGAGGGUCGUGGGCGGUAAAGUUGGCAGCGACAACCGCUUCUACGCUGUGGUCGUGUGGACGGUGUCCGGUGGCCCGGCCGAGAAAGCUGGUCUGCAGAAGGGCGACAAGGUUUUGGAGUGGGGUGGUGUCUCGCUGAUUGACCGCAACUUCGAGGAGGUCGCCCACAUUAUCGACCGCAGCGGCGACGUUGCCGAGCUCGUUGUCGAGCACGCGAACGACAUGAGCGGGGACUCAAUGGACGAGCCGGUCGGUAUGACGCCGGCCGAACGCGAGAAGACGCCCAGCAAUUUAGGACUCGGACAGCUCGAAUCGGAAUCGAACAAAGCGCCAUCGUCGCCGACGCGCAGGAAACUGCCAAAGACGCCGGAGCAAUUAGCAAAAGAGCGUCAGGUGACAGGUAGAGUGCAGAUACAGGUGUGGUACGAGGCAGAUCGAAAGGAAUUGGUGGUAUCAGUUCUCGCGGCUGAUGAUCUUUGCUCACGAGAGGACACUGGUUAUGGAAGUCAGCCCGAGGCCUUCGCCAAACUUGACCUCAUCUCGCCAAGUGGCGACGUGACCUCGCUAAAGACGGACGUGGCUGAGCCAACGCACAAUCCCAUCUGGAAUGCCACGCUGAACUUCACGAAUGUCGCUGGCGAGCAGCUGAUCGACCGUCUGAUUGAGGUGACGCUAUGGGACUACUGUCCGGAUCGCGAUAGCGUUUUCUUGGGCGGUUGUUCCAUCGAAAUGGCCAGUGCUUUCGAAGCUGAUCGAGCUGUCUGGUAUCGCUUGGAAGACCCGCGUGGUUUGCGUUCAGGUCGUUCACCACACUGUUCACCUCGUGGUUCACUAUCGAUUGAGUUAGCCCAGCGUCUGUUGCGUCGAGCUGACCUUCGCGAACGGAGCUAUAGCGAGGAUACGCAAAGCGAUAGUGGCAGUCCAGAACCUUACUUCUUGCAUCCCGAUGCUGCUUAUUUGUCUGGUUCGAGACGUGGAUCCAGUCAGUCUGAGCAGCUCGAGAUCGAACCGUAUGAACUUAGCAAGGAUUAUAGCAGAUCACUACCUGGUAGCCGGAGGAGUAGCUUUCAAAGUCAGGCUGGUGCUACGGACAGUAAACGAGGUAGCAUGGGCGAAGCAGAUGUGUCGAUGGUGCACUAUAACCGUGAAAGGCGACGCAGCUCAUUCGCACGUCCUAAGCGCGAUCAAGAGGAGAUACUGGAGACUUUGCGGAGCUUAAAGGCACAGCAACAUGGCAAAGGAGAACUGUCGCGGACGAUGAGUCUGUCAGGCGAGAAGAGACGACCAAAUCGGCAGGGUGAGCGCAGAGAGAGCAGCGUCUUGGAAAUGAAGAGGCACGAUUACGAUCGAAACAGUGACUCGGACGACGCGGAGAAAUGGAGUCAGUCGAUGAUGGCAGAAGAUGGCUUGGAAUUGAAACUUGGACCUGGACAGCUUGCGCCGAAGGGUUACAAACCACCAAAAGAUCAAAACGGUAAAGUUCAGCUAACGAUUUAUCUAAGUAAAGGCAAUCUGGAAGUGGAAGUGAUUUCAGCUAAAGAUAUCUGUUCACUUGAAACUGAAGAACCAGACACGUACAUAAAAAUGUACCUGCGAGGUGAAGAUCGUUGGCUGCAUAAACGCAAGACCCGGGUAGUGCGUCAUUCACGCAAUCCUCAAUUCCGUCAGACACUGAAGUAUCCAAGCUGCGACGCAUUAGGUCGCAACCUUCUAGUAAUGCUGUGGGAAAAGAAGCAGGGUUUCGAGAGUAAUCAAGGUUUAGGUGGUGCAGAAAUACAAUUGGAUGCGUUAGCCUUGACCCGUUUGACCAUCGGUUGGUACCAUUUAUUUCCAAUUCAUACGCUUGGCACUCAGAACGCUGACUCACCAUGAUGGUUGCGGGAAAAAUGGGCACUCGAAGCCGGUGAGCUCGAUCUUCGCUUGAGUUUACUGCUCAAGGAGGAGAACGAAACCGGUGUGAAAAUAGUCUCGUGAUAGAAUCACUUCGAUCAUAAAAAAUACUCGUUUACAGCGAGGUUUCCCUUGAUAACAAUAAUGCGUUAAUAAUCUUGAGGGACGUCAGAGCAAAGAAUGUUAUAUCCAUACAAGACAAUCAAAGUAUUAUAAGCUUGAUCGGAGCUACACUACGGGACAAUCAAUUAUUUAAACAUAUUCUGAUUCCAUAUAUGGAAAUUAUUGUAUUUGCUUCAUUUGCGGUGUCUAUAAUUGGUAAAGAUAUAAAUUUUACUUCGCUUACGUACCUCGAGGAUAAGUCGCUUGGUUUGUGUUUUCUUAUUUUUCAGAAAGAAAUCCUUGUAUCGCCAUCUCCAAUGCUCGAGCAAUAUUUUGAACAAGUAGUUUCUAGAAGCCAUAGCUUAGUAUUUUCAUCGCAAAACAAAAAAAAAAUAAGAAGAGCAAGGGAAACCUCGGGUUUAUUUUUCUAUAUAUUGCUAACGAGUAAAUAAUUAAUUCACGAGAUUAUAAUUAUGCCCAUUUUUCCCGAGACAAGUAAUCGAUGCAUACAACUUAAAACAGCGAUUUCGAUGUGAAAUAUAAAACGAAGCAAGAACUGCAACGAGAAUAAUGAUGAACAAUAUCAAAUGGACGAAACAGAUUUUAUUUUUGGCGCAACAAUCUGCGACGGCUCAAUUGACAUCUAGAUUGUGAUUUCAUUUUGCUGGUUGAUCCAGCACGAGGAUUCGAUUGAGUCUCGCGUGAGCGCUAUUCUAUCAUUUGUGCUGCCGUCUUUCGAGUAAAAUGCUAACUUAUCGGGGUGUUGAGAUUUUGGUUGGUCAGAGCGAAAGGUUUUUGCUCACAAUCAAGAAAUAUAUAACCAAAGAUGAUUUUAUCUAAUGAAUAAACAGAUACAUGGAAAUACAUAUUUCUUUUGAAUAUGUCAUUUUAACUUAGUAUUUUAAUGAUACUGUAAAACAAAUUUUUUAUUUUGAAAAUUUUAUAUUAUACUGAUUGUAGUAUCGAACAUCUAAUUAUUUCGAUGUGUCGUAAAUAUACGAGCAAAACUCUUUGUUCCUGCAACGAUCUCACAUUGUAGAAUAGAUCAUGUACCUAGAAAUAAAAACAGGUGACGUCCUUGGUGCUUGCUGGUCGAGAACCUCGUUACAAGGACAAGAUUUAGAUUAUCACUAAACUCGAUGGCCAAUUUAAGUACUAGAUUUUAAAGAAUCAUACCACAAAAAGAAAAUUGAUGUUUAGAAAUCACAUCAUUAUUUUUUAGCCCAUAGAUUAAAGCGCGAGCUCUUCAAAGAUCUUUAUCAUGUUAGAUUUUUGUCGAAAUAAUACAUGUAAAAUUGGUAAUAAACAACAAAAUACCAACCGACCUAAACAUUCUUAGAUAACAAUUCCGCAUUUACCCUGCCUAAAGACGACAAAACGAAAAAAAAACUAUAAAGCGUGCCAGUGGUUUGUUAGGAUUUGAAAAGAUUUAAGCGAUGAUAAAUAAUUAAUUAUAUUAUAACUGCUUGUUGGUAAUCCAAAAAUGUAUAACUUCUUUUGUAUAAUGUAAGAUUGCGUAAGUUGAAUUGUAAAUGUAUAUUUAUGAAAAAAAAGAAACUUUCCAUAAAAAAUUGUAUAAACUAAGAACAUCAAAAAAUAUCUAAAAUAAUUUGUUUUAAUAGUGCUUGCGGAUAUAAUAUUAUCGAUAAUCAGCAAAAAGGAUAAUCAUUAAUCAUAAAUGGAUAUUUCUAAAAGAAAAGUAAAAAGAUGUAAGAAAAGAAGAUAAUCAAAGUACUGCUAAUCUAUUAUUGAUUCCUAUUGAUAUAGCCGAAAAACUUCGAGGAAAUGAUUCGUAAAGUAAAUUUUUCGAAAGUAAAACGACGCUUUGAUUAUGCUGAUAUUUAACGGUGAAAAAGUAUACGUUAGGGAAACUGCUAUUAUACAUAAUUUUAUUACUAAUUAUAAGAUUGGCUAAAACAAAGUAAAAAAGAAACUCUUCAUGUUGAACAUAUGUUAGCACAGCAGUUGAAUGAGUAAUGUUCUUAAACUUUGUUUAAUAAACAGCUUUUGUAAUCAAAUUCAUUUGUACGCAAGUUUUUCUGAUAUUGUACAGUUCGUUGGUAUAAAAUGUUUUUCCAUGUUUGCAAACGAAUGAAAAAAAAUGAAGGUUUUUCAAUAAUAAUUGUGUAAACACCAGUUUAUUGGCUAAAAUUGAAGAUUUAAAAAAUAAGCACAAGAAAGAUGAAUAUCGCGUUACGGCCUAGAAAGGAAAACGAAGAUUAAGUAAAUUUAUAAACAUAUAUAUAUAUAUAAAUAUAUAUAUAUAUAUGAAGACUCGAUGAAAGCGAAGAAAAAUCGUUCUUCCUCCUUAUAUAUUCAUUCUUAUAGAGGUAAACAAAAAAUUGCGCCUUUUUCUACUAGAAUCUAUGAGAUUGUAAUAAACUUUACACAGUCUAUUAUAUAUUUACGCAUCAUCGUGUUCCACCUUUUGAGCCUAAACUGAGUAAAACAUAUAUACUUAUAUAAUUAGAUGGUUAUGUAAAGAAAAUUUUCAGAAAUUUUCUUCCAAGAACAUAGCAAAUUUUCAUUCUUGUAUAUUAAUGUAUAUUAAUCUAUAAAACACCUACAUUUUAUUUACACUUUCGAUUUCGGCUAUUUUUUCAAUAAAAUCAUCAUUACAAAAAGAUCAUAGAAAAAGGAUUUUACGAACAAUAAGUAACUUCUAAAAAUGUCUAACUCUAAGUAACUCUUUACAUCUAUCUAAAAGUUUAAUUAAGAAGUGGCAUUUAAAAAAAAGACAUUGUAAAUCGUUCGAAGCUCAUUAAAGUUGAAACGGUUGUGACGGAGAAGUUAAUUACUAUAUUAAAAGAAACGUAAGUAAAUAUAGAGCACUUUCUUCAACUUUUCUAGAUAAAACUCAAAGUUUUCUACACAAAAUAACUCAUGGCCUACACAAUACAACACUUAAUAAUGAACGUUGACUUUUCCAUUACUGUUAAAACGAUACAAAAUAUAAGUAUAAAAUGGCCGCAGUUACGACAAGAUAACAAUAACAAUGGGUCUAUCGCUAUUAUUAUAAAGUUAUAAUGUACCCACUUUGACAAUCUUGACGCGUCUCAUAUAAAUGUUAUUCACUUCUUACGUGAAUUAAUAAGGUCAAGUGAAAGUCGCUGCCUAUGGAAAGUUUGAUUAUUCCAAGCAGAAUUUAUGUGAAUCCUAAAAUUUCAUUUUGGAAUGAUAUAAGUUACUAUUUAAAAAAUGAUUAUCUGAAUUCUUAUCUAUAAAUGGCCCCCUUUCCAAAAAACUAUUUGAUUGAAUAUAUCACGCAUAGAUGUCUAGAGAUACUGUAACGUAAAAACUUUAUUUUUCUAUUUAUUUAAAAUAGAUAUUAAAAUAGCUAUUUUUCAUAAAAACUCAAACAUGAGACUUAUUGAAUAAUCAAUUGUGUAAUCCGCAAAUACAUUAAAUAAUGUUUGUUUAAUUUCUUAAUUGUCAAAAUAAAAUUUACAAGUCUUUUUUAUACAACUAAAGAUACUGAUUUUUGAAAAAAUAUACAUUAAGUUUGAAAUUUAGCUGAAUUUUGUGAUUUCAUAUUACAUUUGCGAAUAUGCAUAGAUCUGUUUUAAAUAAGUUAAGAUUUUUGUCGAAUGAAGUAUAUUCAGAUGAAAACAUAGAAUUAAAAGUGAGGAAAUAAUGUACGUUUAUGUAUGCUAAUCUGUUGUAAAAUUUAUGAUAUAUUGUAUGAAUGUUGAUAAGCAGAUAAAAUAAGAUAUUUUGUGGAUGGAUAAUGAACGCAUAGUUUUACAAGCGUAAUUAAACGCUACAUCUAAGCAACAGUCUCUUCCCUAACAUAUCUGUGUCAUGAAAACAAAAAAUACACGUAUCCAUAUUGAAUAUUUUUAUUUUAAGUGUCAACAACUCCUUAGUUUGAGCAUCAAGAGUAUACACAUGUUCUUAACUGUACAAAUCAGUUUAUUAAAAUAGCAUCUAAAAUGAAUAUACGUAAAACUGUUUUUAUGUAUAUAUCGCUUUUGACGAUAUUAAUAAUAUAUUUUUAUAACUCUGACGAGAUAAACAAAUGUGCACAUUGAAAAAAAAUGAUACCGAUGCUCGAAUUAGGGACGUGAGCUCUGAUUAUAUAAUCAUGUUAAAGCAGAGCAUAUCGCCUAGCAUUGUAUAGCGAGAAUCUUAGAAAAUAUAGUAACAAUGAAAAAUCAUACAAGCUUUAUCGCCGUUAAAUGAAAAAAGAACAUUGAGAAAAACAAUAAAAAACGAAUAUGAGAAUAGAGUUGAAUGUGACUUAAAAUACUUUAUAGAUCAAAAGAAAGUUCAAAGUUAUAAGAGUCGCUAGUUCAGCUGGAACGUAAUUAAUUUGCUCGCAAAACUUUCAUAGCAUACGUGACAAGUCAAAGCGACAACAGACCUAACGUGAAAAAAGGUCAAGCCGAACAAUAAUCAUUCGGGACCUAACAUUAUACGUUAAAUGGCAGAACACCAGUAAGCGCUAAAAGAACUUUGUUUUUCGUUAGCAUGUAGGCGCGUAAUGUUUUCUACUUAAAUAAUUAAAACUUUUCCGAAAUUCAGUGUUAUCGUUUAGUUUGAUUUCCACGCACUUGGUCUAAUCCAUUUGAACAAGCGUAGUUAUGUUCUAAAAUGAUACAGUUGGCAGUUUGUGCUGAGUUCAGCAAAAACUGUUUGAUAAAAACUUCGAGUUGUGGCUUUUUAGAUAGGAUAAUUAAGUAGUCAUAUUAUCUAUGAAAGGCUAUCUAGGAAAUAUUAUUUUUAUAGAACCCAUUAACGUGACAACGAUGAUAAUACGUAUUGAGUUUUUACUUUAUAAACUAACUUAAUUUUUAUGUUUUUUAAUUUUUUAUGAAAUAAAGGUCUUUAAUGUUAGAAUAGUAUAAUUACGCGAUAUUUUAGCGAAUUGCCAAUCGAGUAAUCGCAUGAAAAUCGCGGUGGGAAAAGAAGCCCUUAAUAUAUAUAAGAAAAAAUUAAUAAUAUUUAAACGUACGAGUCGUCAUGUUAAAAUCAAUGUGAUGUCUUUACCUAGAUGUUGAAUGUUGAACGUAUGCGUAAAAACAAACAACAAAAUACUUUAUCAUUGAUAUUAUAUGUUAUCAAUUGAAGAAAAAAACUUAUGAUAUGAAUAUAAUGAUAAUUUCUUAUUAGAUUUUUGUAACUUGGAGUUUCAUUUUAAGUAGAUGUCAAAGCGAUGUAAAAUAUUCAAAAAAGGUAACGAAAUUCAAAUUUUUCAGUAGGUUGCUGAUCAAAAUAAUUCAUGCUGUUUAUUGAAAACAUGUUUUUCUCGUCUUAUUAGCUAAAUUUUGAGCUUGUUAGAUAUUGUAAAAUAUUAUAUUAUGUAUCGAAUAUUUUACGUUAGUAUAGGUAUAAUUGUCAUAUAUUGAUACGCUUCAAUAAAAAAAAAGAGAAAACUAAUUUUUUUUAUGCAUGUAACAGAUUGCGCAUAAGCGAUAAAGACAGACGAAAAAAGUGUGAAAGCAAUUUUUCUACAUGUAUUCAAGUUCAAAGGUACUCAAUAUUUUUUAUUUAAUUUUAAAAAAUUAUAAAUCUAUAUAAAAAUUACAUAAUUUAUUUUUGAUUGUGAAUAAUAUUUUGAAUAUUGUGCAAAUGACAGAAAAUAAUUUUAAUUCUAUAAUAAUUAAUAUUAAAAAUCAUCGAUUAUGAAACGGCCUGAUUCUUGCGUGAAUGAACUAUUUUGUAGAAUAAAUGUAUAAUUUCAUGCUCAACGGUGUAACAGAAUAUGAGAGAUAAAUGAGUUAAUGUAAAGUUAUGAAUGAAAUUAAUGCUGUAUAAAACAACGAUUGUAAAGCAAAUACAAUCUCGACGU